AUGGACGCUCCGGAGCCGGAACAGACUCCUUUCAAUGCGGUUCAGGCGCAGACGUCUAAACUUGCCAGGCAAUACCAAGCCAACUUGGAUAAACUGACGCCGCACACAACCUAUCGAUGGGCCGGAACCGUCGUUCUCCUGUUGAUUUUCUUCCUGAGAAUCGUGGUGGCACAGGGAUGGUAUAUCGUUGCCUACACCCUCGGAAUCUACCUGCUCAACCUGUUCCUCGCCUUUCUCCAACCCAAAUUCGACCCUUCUCUGACCCAAGAUGAAGGGCUUGAGGAUGGCGAGGCUGGCUCGAGCCUUCCCGUCAAACAGGACGACGAGUUUCGCCCUUUUAUUCGCCGUCUGCCCGAGUUCAAGUUCUGGCACUCGGCCACUCGUGCCAUUGCUAUCGGCUUUGUGUGCUCGUGGUUCACCUUUUUCGAUAUCCCGGUUUUCUGGCCCGUGCUGGUCAUGUACUGGCUCGUUUUGUUUUUCCUGACGAUGCGACGCCAAAUCCAACACAUGAUCAAAUACCGAUACGUCCCUUUCACCGUUGGAAAGACCAGAUAUGGACAGAAUUAA